AUGAAGAGGUCUCCUACAUCUUCGAGUUCAUCAUCAUCUUCAUCUGUUGGGGUUGAAACUGAUCUCAUUCAAUCAGAGAAUAAAAGUCCUAAGCAUAAAAAAGAGAGUCCCAAUUCACCGAAAUGUAAGCAGAACCAAACCACAGCUGGUGGCAGAAGAAGCUCCAUUUACAGAGGAGUUACCAGGCAUAGGUGGACAGGGAGGUUUGAAGCUCAUUUAUGGGACAAGACUUCUUGGAACAGCAUUCAGAACAAGAAGGGACGACAAGUUUAUUUGGGGGCAUAUGAAUCUGAAGAAGCUGCAGCUCGUACCUAUGAUCUUGCAGCCCUUAAGUAUUGGGGAAAGAAGGCAACCUUGAAUUUCCCGAUAGAAACAUAUACCAAAGACAUUGAGGAAAUGGAGAAGACCACAAAAGAAGAAUACCUGGCUUCUUUGCGGCGGCAAAGCAGUGGCUUUUCUAGGGGCGUUUCUAAGUAUCGUGGGGUGGCUAGGCAUCACCAUAAUGGUCGCUGGGAAGCUCGCAUUGGAAGAGUAUCUGGUAACAAGUACAUCUACUUGGGGACAUAUAAAACUCAAGAGGAGGCAGCUAUGGCAUAUGAUAUGGCAGCAAUAGAGUACAGAGGAAUCAAAGCAGUGACAAAUUUUGAUAUAAGCAAAUAUACUGACAAAAUAAAGAAGAAAAAUGACCCAUCGCAACAAACAGAACCAGUAACAGAAAUAGCUCAUAACUCCUCUGAUUCUGAAGAGACACAGGUAGAACCAACAAUUGCAUCCCCACCUGAAAAUCUGCCCCAGCAACAACAGGAACAGCAGCAACAAGUUCAACAGAACCAUAUCCCUCUAAGUGAGGAAUCAUCACUAGUAGCUGUUAUGGACAAUAUCCUUGAGCAGGACUUACCAUGGAGCUGUCUGUAUAAUGGGUUAUUUCCCAUUCAAGACCCAGACUUGGCUUUCAGCAAAUCUGAGGAUUUAAUGGACAUGUUUGAUGAUGCAGGCUUUGAGGAAGAUAUUGAUGUUCUGUUAAACACAGAACCUGCUGAUAGUGAUAUCAAUACGAUUGCAGUUUUGAAUAGUAUUGAAGGCGGAGUUACCGAUGUAGCUGCUAAUAAGGAGGAGAAGAUAUUAUCCUUAACUUCACCAUCAUCUACAACAGCUACAGUUUCUUGAGAAGGUUUUGGAUGAGGUACAUGGAACUUUAUGGAGAUUGUUGGGUUUGUUUUGUAUGGUGUUGGGAUCUGUUCUGUUAGGUGGAUUAGUGCGAGCCCAUUGGGUGUGUGACUUGUGA